UUUACCCAGGCAAUAACAGAUGUUUAUGGACAAGUCAGCAACGACACCAGAGCAUUUCCUGUUGGUGGUACCGCUGUUCUCUCCUGUACUGGAGUUCCCUAUGACGGAGUGACUAAACUCUGGGAGAAAAAUCCAGUAAUUCCAAUCAAAUACCUUGUGGCGAUUCAAACACCACUCGGGGCAUCGUCACCUUCCGCGCCGUUUUACGAUGAGACCAACAUGGCAGCAGCCGGUCUGACCGGCAGGUUCACGGUUACUCCUGACUCAGUGAUGACUGCAACCAUCACAGGAGUGAGAGAGACAGACGAUGGGGACUAUAGAUGUGCUUCUGGACCAUCAGAAAUCAUACAUAAGCUUGUCAUAUACAAGCUGAAUUCAGUGAAUAUACAGCCUUCCGGACCUGUCACAGGAUACGUCGGAGGUACAUUUGACGUCACCUGUACAGCAGACAGUAAACCUGCGGCCAGCUUCAACUGGACAAAACAAGAGGACAGCAGUUUCACAGCAACAGGAGCCACCCUGCGGAUCAGCAGCCUCACUAUGAACCAUACUGGCACAUACGUGUGUACAGCCUAUCAUGCGUAUGACAGUGAUACUGCUAGUGUGCAGUUAACUGUCAAUGAACUUCAAGGUCAGGAUGUCACAAGUGCCCCAAGAACAGGAGAACCAAAUGUAGGAGGUAUUGUUGGCGGCGUCAUCGGAGCGCUUGCAGGCGUAGCUGUGAUGGCAGCCGUGGUGUUUUUCGUGAUUCGGAAGAAACGAGCAGGUGGGGAUAAGAAAGACGGAGACGUUGAGGACCUCAGUGACAGGCAGUAUGAAAAUGUUCCAAAUCCAAUGAUGGCGUCACAACGACCCGGAAGUGGAAGUGACGAGUACGAAAUUCCCAUGGAAACCGUUCAAUCACCAACCGGAAGUGCCAAUGACGAGUACGAGGUUCCCAUGGAAACCGUCCAGCCGCCCCAGCCCAGUGACGACUACCAGGAGCUGAGGCCCGCUGUCUACCAGAGUCUGCAACGCUGAAUCGAUUGAUCCUAACAGUCCAUCAGAAUUAACCCUUCAACCAAUGAUUGCAUGGCAGUUUGUGCUUCGGCCAAUUAGAGAGUGGCUGCAUGUUUGUCACAUACGGGAGGUGGGCGGGGCUAUUGUAGACCAAAUAUAGUGGAGUUAAUUCAUAGUUUUGACUUGUGUGAAGAAGAUUUUGAUAGAUUGUUUGAUGAUCUGGUUGAUUUUGUUACUUAAUCACUUUUAUUGUUGGACAAAGCUGAGUGAUGGAUGUUUGAACUAACUGCUGAUAGACUUCUGUUUUUGCUGCAAGUUACAGCUUGCUACAUAAGUUUGCAUCUUACAUAUUGAUGUAUAUUGAAUGUCUUUUUCUCUUUGUUCACUCUUUCUCUUUGUUGUUAUGCUUUAUAUCAUAUGAAUAAUAAUUAUUGUAGACAUGGGCCAUAGUGGUUAUAAUGGGUUAUAUAUUGUAUCUAAAGUCCAGAUGACAGUUGUGUAGUUGGUUUUGCACAUUUUCAACAUAAUUGUGUAAUAAUCUCAAGUUUCUGGCAUUUAUGGUUGGCGCUAAAACAGCCCACACG